AUGAAGUUCCUCCCUUUACGCGACUUCGACAAUAUCACCAGUGCGUUGAAUUUCAACACACCCGAUUGCCACGUCAUUGGUGGUUGUGAUCUCUACACAACCAAAGCUGCUGGCUCCGACAAGAAACUAUAUAAAAAUAUUGAGAACUCACUAGAAUCUCAAUAUGAAUCUCUACUCAAACUAUCGGCCUCUGUAUCGCCUCCUCUUGAUCCCACGGAAGCUGGCGUAAAUCUCUCACGUUCAAGUCCUUUUGGGCCCUUGAGCCAGGUAUCGAGUCGUCGAACCUUCGCAUAUCUCAUUGCAACACUUAACGCAAGUCAUCCUGACUACGACUUCUCGCACAAUCUCAGACCUGCCGAUUUCCACAAAGAACGAAGUUUGAAGACUGUUAUCAAUACCAUUGAUUCGACACUUUAUAAUCUUAGACCAAGUUCGGGUAUGACGCUUCAUGUCCCAUCGCAGACAUCUUAUAAGACAACCUCAUCUGCUGGUGCUACAAGUCAAGCCUGGUGUCCACAGAUGUGGGCUUUGAUUGAUAAGGAGAUGACCCUCAAGGACUGUACAGUCUAUUCUUGGGCCCCUCCUGAUGAACCGUUUGACGGUGAAUUGGGAUCUAUUUGGAGUCUCAACUACUUCUUCUUCAACAAAGAGAAAAAGAGAGUCGCGUAUUUCUACGUUCGAGCUGUCCCAGUCAUGAGCCACAGUCCAAGUCAAGGUCAGGGCAUUACAGGCCGAGAAGCCGAGUACAACGACGCCGGUGCAAACAAACGGGCUAGGUAUUGGCUAGGUGAUCGUGCCGAUAAUCUUAUGAUUGAUCAAAAUGGCGACGAUGAUACUGAUGUCAACAUGUGGGAUGAGGACGACCAAGUAGACCCUGAAGAGGAAUACUACGACGGCUAUGAUGAUGAAGCUGAUGAUGAAUUCGAUGAUCAGAAUUACAAAGCACCUAUACGUGGUGUUAGUGAAGAUAUGGCUGCUUCGAUGGAUAUUGAUUGUUGA